AUGGCGAACGCCAGCGAGCCGGGCGGCGGGGGCGGCGAGGCGGCCGCGCUGGGCAUCAAGCUGGCCGCGCUGAGCCUGCUGCUGUGCGUGAGCCUGGCGGGCAACGUGCUGUUCGCGCUGCUCAUCGUGCGGGAGCGCAGCCUGCACCGCGCCCCGUACUACCUGCUGCUCGACCUGUGCCUGGCGGACGGGCUGCGCGCGCUCGCCUGCCUCCCGGCCGUGAUGCUGGCGGCGCGGCGCGCGGCGGCCGCGGGGGCCCCGCCGGGCGCGCUGGGCUGCAAGCUGCUCGCCUUCCUGGCCGCGCUCUUCUGCUUCCACGCCGCCUUCCUGCUGCUCGGCGUGGGCGUCACCCGCUACCUGGCCAUCGCGCACCACCGCUUCUACGCCGAGCGCCUGGCCGGCUGGCCGUGCGCCGCCAUGCUGGUGUGCGCCGCCUGGGCGCUGGCGCUGGCCGCCGCCUUCCCGCCCGUGCUGGACGGCGGGCCCGAGGACGAGGACGCGCCCUGCGCCCUGGAGCAGCGGCCCGACGGCGCCCCCGGCGCGCUCGGCUUCCUGCUGCUGCUGGCCGCGGUCGUGGGCGCCACGCACCUCGUCUACCUCCGCCUGCUCUUCUUCAUCCACGACCGCCGCAAGAUGCGGCCCGCGCGCCUGGUGCCCGCCGUCAGCCACGACUGGACUUUCCACGGCCCCGGCGCCACCGGCCAGGCGGCCGCCAACUGGACGGCCGGCUUCGGCCGCGGCCCCACGCCGCCCGCGCUCGUGGGCAUCCGGCCCGCGGGGCCCGGCCGCGGCGUGCGCCGCCUCCUCGUGCUCGAGGAGUUCAAGACGGAGAAGAGGCUGUGCAAGAUGUUCUACGCCAUCACGCUGCUCUUCCUGCUGCUCUGGGGGCCCUACGUCGUGGCCAGCUACCUGCGGGUCCUGGUGCGGCCCGGCGCCGUGCCCCCGGCCUACCUGACGGCCUCCGUGUGGCUGACCUUCGCGCAGGCCGGCAUCAACCCCGUCGUGUGCUUCCUCUUCAACAGGGAGCUCAGGGACAGCUUCCGGGCCCAGUUCCCCUGCUGCCAGGGCCCGCGGGCCACCCAGGCCGCCCUCCCCUGCGACUUGAAAGGCAUUGGUUUGUGAGGCUCCGCCGCCGGGACCCCGCCCAGCCCGCCCCUGUGGCUUGGACACAUGUGGUUCUUCCUCUGCCCCCUUCUAACGGUCCACACCGCCUGCGCAGGACUCGGUGCAUCCGCACUUGGAUUGUACAGACUCCUCUAGGGGGAGAGGGGCUUCCAUUCCAGCCCACCCUGCUCAGCUCGUUGUUCUCCUAAAUAUAUAUUUUCAUCCUGAAAAUGGGCCCCGCGGUCUUUGUAUUGGUACUGAUGUCUUCUAUUCCAUGUGAUUACUUUUGAAAAUAAAGGCUAAACUAAUUUUCUUCAUGCAACGUUUCCUAAAGACCAGGCCAGUUUUCUACAGAAGCUAUUUUUGACAACCUCAAGUGGCAUUACACUUUGCUGUGGAGAAAAGGAACCCAGGGCACUUGGAAAGUUCCAUUUCUUGAGGGUCUUCUGUUGGAAGCCAGA